CUCACAGUGUGUUGUUGGGGUGCUACAGUGAGGAGAAGGAACGCUAGAUAGGGAGAAGGGGAACACGCUGCAGUUUGUCAUGACAUCAACUGAAUUACAUUCAGAAGUUAUGAAGAUGACGUUACGGAUGCAAUGUCUGAUUGUACCUGUAAUAUUACUUAUCACCAACAUACCAUACGCAUAUCAACAAACAGGUAAAGUUGAUGGUGGUGAGACCGAGUGGGGGGCCUGGAUCAGCAGAUCCUGCUCGGCAACCUGCGGUAAGGGGGCAACUAGGACUACGGACAGACACCGGAACUGCACCAAUCCGGAACCGAAGAAUGGAGGUCGCGCCUGUGUACUUCAUCUGCAUGAAUCUAAAGUGGUCAACUGUGGACUAGGGGAAUGUCCGUCAAAGGGAAGUGGUUCAGCUUUAACACUGGAGAAGGCGGGUUUGUAUAUUGGCCUCAUCUGCUCCAUCAUCGCCAUCAGCGUCUUUCUCAUCAUCCUCGUCGUCGCCUGUUGCAUCUGGAACUGCAGGAAACCUGUCAAAGGCGACCACAAUGCGGAGAUGUAAGAGCCCAUGUAAACCUGAAGUAUUUCUCAAUCUACUGGCGGCAAUGUGACCAAAGGAAAGUGAUGCGAUAAUGACUAUAGGUAAAACAAGGAAGCACGUCCUGUAACAUGGACUACUGAACUGAAGACAAUUGUUACUUCAGUGAUUGGAAUAUCUUGCUGCUGCCAUUGUCACCUCAUAACCGUUGUUGUAGUGUAGAACAAAGACUUCAUUUGUCGAGACUGGGUAUUCUCUGGUUAUGACGUUAUAGAUGUCAGUGACAAAUUCGUCCUGGGACGGGGCUGUCUCAAUAACACACAGAAAGAAUCAGGAGUGUCUUUUGACGCGGCUAGGGCAUGGAACCGUCUACCUUCGUCUAUCGGGACAGACGUUCCAGCCACUAGACCACAGAGGGAGUCAGACGAAGACGUUGUGUUUAGUGUUUAUCUCCAGUUCUCUUGCCUGUAUAACGGACAUACAUGUAACAUGUUUCAACAUUCUCUUCAACCAUAAAACACUUUCUCCUCCA